GGAAAAACUAAUCUGGCGUAUACACAAUUUGUACAAUUUUCCUGCUUCUUCCCUUCUACUUUUUAAAUAACAUUUAAAAAAGAUUAUAGCCCCUCGCACAUAUAUAUAUGAAUAUAAUUUAUAUGUUAUGGAAAUACAAUCAAGUCAUUGUUUGAUAAUGUUAAAUGCAGUUAAAUCUUUUCAAUCUUGUCCACAUGAAAGUUAUUAAUGUUUUACCUCAAAAAAUAAUAUCUGCUCCCAUGUCAAAUAAACUUUUAUAAAGUUAAUAUUGUAUAACUUUGCAUGAAAAUACUGUUGUCAAAAUGCUUUUGAGGAAUGUUCAAUUUUAACUUAAAUAUAUCCUGCUCUUUAAUAAAGAUAUAUAAUGAGGAAAAUUAGAAGUUUCUGGCCUCAACAUAGUUUAUCUGAUAAAUUGGCUUUUUCGUUUACUCAUCUUGGUUUAAUUGGAAUAAUAUUGUUUGAAUUUUUUAUUGUUUUGCCUAUUUAUCAUGAGCCAUUCACAAAAAUGUUCUGUAUCCAAAUAGCAAUUGGAUUGUAUCUUGCUUUUCAAGUGUUUUCAAAUUUAUAUGCAAUGAUUAUUUUUAACUCAUCAAUUAAAUCUCAAACAAAUCUUCCAUCAGUUUUGUAUCCAGAUUGGGUGUAUUGCAAUUUUUGCCAGUUAAAUACACCACCACGCGCUCACCACUGUCCCGUUUGUAAUGUAUGUGUUUUAAAAAGAGAUCAUCAUUGUGUUUUUACUGGAAAUUGUGUUGGUUUUUAUAAUCAUCGGUAUUUCAUUAUGAUGGUUUUUCAUUUGUGGCUUGGUUGUUUUUACUGUUUAUUGUAUAAUAUUGAGUACUAUAUUGUUAUGCUUGGAAAUAUUGGCUUUGGGAUGUUGCUUAAGUUAUUGUUUCCACUACUGGCAUGGACAUUUGGCUUUCUUAAUAGUUAUCAACUUUUUAUUGCUUUUAUAAUGGGUAUAAAUUGUAUGGCUAUGUUGCUUUUUUCAGCUUUAGUUUGUUUUCAAAUUUUUUUUAUUAGCAGUGGUCAAACGCAAUUUGAAUGCCGUAAAAAAAUUAAUUAUUAUUCUCUCAGUCUGCUUGAAAAUUGGCGUGUUGUUUUAGGGAAUAGAUGGUUUUUAACUUGGAUUUGCCCCUAUAUUACUUCCAAAUUGCCUGGAGAUGGUACUGAUUUUAAAAAAUCGUCAAUAGAAAUGUCUCCAGUCUAUAGCAAUGUCAAAUAUUUAUAAUAAUUUAAGAGCAUUUUGUUACUAUUGUG